AUGUUUGAAUUUCGUUUUGAGUUAGCAGCUCUUUUCGAUCUACAAAAUCUCUGUGAUUACGCUUCAGGCACAGUGCGUUCUUCCGGCGCACCAGAUGCAAACCUGCCACUGAUUCGUCGUCUGUGGAAUGCAAUUCAGCUGACCAAUGCAAGACAUUAUCACGAUUCCGAUCUAUCCGGCACGGGUGAGAACGGGAACGCCAGUCGUUUGAAUUCGUCUGGUGAUUAUCGAAAGAUCACAGUGCGUGAAUCGUUAGCUAGUCUCCGGGCCCGAAAUGCGUUACCUCCAGUGGAUCAAAUUCCUUCGCCAACAGGACCGGAGUAUGAACGUGUCUACGGUGCUCCUGGCGAAUCGAACAGUUCGACUACUUACGAGGUUGUACCCGGACCGCGUGGAUCUGUGACUGAUUCGUUCGAGUUUGAGCACGCCCGUACCGGUUUCACCAAUCAUUCAGACGAAAUCAGUGCAUCUCAGUCCAAACGGUUUAGCGAUAUUUACUCAGAAAUUCCAUGUGAGUGCUCGACUGUGCUGCAUCUUUUCUCGUUUGUUUUAGUCUUGUCACUAUUCUUGGGGAUCUUUUUCCAGAAUUGUGAUGUCCUAUCUGUUAAACUCCCUGCCUCAUCCCCCCUCCAGCGCUUUGUGUGUUUGUCCUUUGGAUUGGAAGCUUUUCUUUUGGGGAAUUGUUUUGUACCCCGCUCUAUUCCGCUGUUGGUAAUUUACGGUUUCUGA